AUGGUACUGCUUACCGUCGCUUAUUCGAUUAUCUUCCUUAUUGGAACUUCAAUGGCAUUUUUUAAAGCUUUUCUAAAUUUUUAUAUUCUACAAAAGUUGAUAAUGUGAUUAUUCUCAAAAACGGGAAAGAAAAUCGAAUAUCAAUUGGUGCUCUUUCUUGUUGUGCUUGACGCGUUCAAUGCACUUAUUGCAUUCAUUUACUAUUGUUUGUCUAUAGUGGAAUUUUUCGUCAAUAAGCUUCCAAACGAAAUUACUUUUAUGUUUGGUUUAGUGUGUUUUAGUUUUAUGGAAAUGAGAUGUUUUCUUUCCGCAAUUAUUGCAAUUGAAAGAGUAAUUGGAACAGCGACUCCUAUAAAAUUUCAUAACUACCGUAACCGAGUCUCAAAUAUACCGAUUUUUCUGUUUGUUUUUGCUACUGGCGUAUCACUAAAUGCAGUUCUCUUUGGUUACUGUGGAUUUCGCCUGGAACCAAAUCCUAAUUGUGUGAACUUUUUCUGUUCUACUCCUCUCUGUUUUCAAGAAUAUUCUUCAAUUACUCGAAUAUUUUAUUCAUCGAUCAAUAUUUUAUUUUCGACUAUUCUUUGCAUUAAACUAUUUUUCAUGUCUUCUAGUCAAACAUCGGAUCUUCGAAAAUUGAACUUGAUUUCCUUAACUGAUUGUUUUUCGGUUUCAUUGUUUGAACUAAUCCCGUGGAUUUUGUUUACAUACGAAAUUGUUAGCGAUGAGGGUCUUGGGCCAGUUGUUGGAGCUUUUCGUUACACGGGAAGAGUAUUUGAAUCAAUUGUAAUUGUGAAAUUAAUGAGAAAAGAUUUGGUGAACCCGCGUGGAUUAAUGAUUACAAUAACAUAA